GCAGCUGUCUGGGCAGUGGCUGGGGAGAUUGCUGCUCCUUGCCUGCGCCAGGGAGGCCCCUAUUCAGGCGGCACCUUCAGUUCAUCGACUCCUUGGGGCGUGUUGAUCGCACGGAGCCAGCUGGAGCUGGGCUGUCAGCGGCGCCCAGCACUGCAGCUUGGGGGCCAAGGAGCCCAAGCGCCUGUGCGGAGCCAGUGGAUGGGGGUCUCUAUCGGAGGACGUGGUCUUGGGUGUCUCAAUGGGUUCGGUUGGGUGGGGUCCAGCUCUGGACUGUGCAUUGCUAGAAGUGGGGGGAGAGGCAAAACACAGGGGCGAAGGAGUCUCCCUGGCACCUGCUAUGUGGCAAAGGGCAUCCAGAGCAGAUCAGUUGCCCCAAAAGUGACAAGCCGCAGGAGGAAUGGAGUAGGCUUGUUCCCCUUUCUUGGCUGCAAAACGGUAUUUUCCCUAAAAACUAGCCACCUGGACUUUUUGUCUCCCUUAGUAGGGCCUCUGGUGAGGGGAGCUAUGAGAUCUCAGCUCACCAGGGAAGUGAAACCCUGAGGGAAGCUGUCUGCCAUCAGCACAGCAGUGCAGCAGGUGGCACGGAUGGGGCUUUUGGCAUAAAAGUCCAUAAGCCAGUAUGAGGUCUGUGAGCAGCAAGUAGGUGUGGGGGGGAUGCAGCUGGUGGUAAUUUCACAUUAAAACCGUCUAAAACCCUUCCCCCUGCAAGGUUUUGGACUGUUUGUCCAACAGACACUGAGGAGGGAAGCAUGUUUGACAUCUGCCCCGUUGAUUAAGGAAGGGAUGUGAGUGCGGCUGGGGAUGUAUUUCUGAGUCAUGUGGAAAGUUUUCUAGCAAAAUAAAACAAAACCUGGUAUUUCCAUGUUUGCAUGGAAAUGUACAUGUUUUCAUGUUAUAUUUUUUAAAGGGGAGAGGCAGGGCCCCUCUUUUCUGUCGGGGUGAAGUCAGGUUGCCUUUAUAUAUGCCAAAAAUGACAUAAAGGCCUUCUCUUAAGUUCAAGGCUGUACUAAUAGGAUUUGAAAUGGCUUUGAAAACUGAUACAGCUAUGGACUGAAGUGUACAUAUCUUAGCACUGAGCAUCAGAAAUCAGUCAUGAAAUCAGAUUUACAGUUCAUGAGGCUUGGACAGAAUAAGUAUUAUGGUUUUGGAUUCUGGUUUUUGUGCAUUUACAGCUGAAGCUUUCAAGGUUUGUUUCUUCCUUAGAAGAUGGAGAAAGUCUCUAAAAGAAUAAAUAAAUGCUAAGAUACUUGCAUAUGUAGGAUUCUAGGGAAAAAUGUUAAAUACCAUCUUAUUUGGUAUUACUGUUCAAGUUAACUUCAAGUUAUUUGGUUUGGUUUAAGUUGACUUGUUGCCAUUGUAAAAUAAAUUGAUACAAAUGAAACUGGAGUUGGAUUAAGAAUAACCUGGUGCAGCUUUGAAUAGAGAUGUAGUUAAAUGACACAAGCAAACUUCUUUACCAGUUUUUGUUUUGUUUUUUGUUUUUUUUUUUUAAACCAGUAACCAAACUCUGGCAGCUUAUGAGUGAUACACUGCAGCACCAAAUGACUUAAAGCAAUACUGACAGCAAGCAAAAGCAAAACUUCAUUGAUUUUUUUUUUUUCUUUUCUUUACUUACCAUUGUCCAGUCUGGCAGAGAUAUUAAAAAGAGCAAGUAAAAGCAGGAUGGCUACUGGAUUUAAAAAAUUAACUUUUAAUUCAGUGGAGGUUUAGGUAAAUGAAUGUGUACCUUUCUAACAAUUCUUAGAUUGGCCAUCUCCUGUUGUGGCACAAAUCAGUUCCUAUGCAAUAUAGGCAUAGGUGGGUCUAACUUGUGACAUCCUUGUUUUAAAAUAAUUAUUUCUGAGUAUUUGGAAUCUAGUCAGUGGAAGGUGGGGGCACUAAGAACUCUACACUGUAUGUCUGAUAGUGUAGAUGCGGCUUAUGUGCCUCACUUAGUUGUUUAUCUAUUUAACCUCCUAGGGAAGGCCAGACAGCAGUACAUCCUUCAACACUGUCAGGCAUUAGAGUCUUAAUGAGGGAUUUCAGAGAAAUUAUGGAAUUUAAAAAAAAUAAUAGGGAAGGGCUCUGCACAGUACCACAGGAACCUCCCUGGGUAUGGAAUACACUAGGUUAUGAUGAGUGCUGUCUACAGGUCUCCCCUUUUUCUCUCUGCCUCUUUCAUCUCUUCCACCUAAUUAUUUGUCUUGAUCCUGUUUCUCGCAUCUCUGGCUCCCAGCUGAUUAGGGUGCAUGUUCUGGUUGCCUCUUAUGCCAUGUGUCCCCACUGCUGUUUUUCUUUGUAAGACUCAUUUGGUUGCUGGAAAAUUAAAUUCCUUUUCCUACCAAUUAUGUGCCAUUUCACUUAGCAUGGGCUGAUUCUCUUUUUUCCCCCUUCUGUGUCUUUAAUCUCACUGAGCCACCAGGGCUGUCGCACAAAGAAAGCAGUUUAAAAGCAACAGCAUCAACAGUGCCUCUCUAGGGAGAAGAGGGAACAUAAUGGUCAACCUCUCUGCUGAUGCUAUUCUGUAUAAGUGCUUAUCCCACACACAUCACCACAGUAUCUGAGCGUCUUCCAUUAUUGCAUUAAGUGACGUGACUAAUGUGCCGCGUGUGGUUCGUUCUCUCGCAUCCUCUCCCUGGUGGGGAGGCGUGAAUUGUGUGUGCAAUGAAGUGUUGUUAUGGUAGGGUUUAUUUUCCCCCUUCCCCCUAUUUUAUUGCAGUGCAAACUUGAACCUGCCAUGGUGUAAUCAGCCCACAGCAGUGGUGUGAUGAUCAGCCUUUAGCAAAACCUCAAUUAUCCAGAUUUGUCCAGGAGCUGCUGUUACUGGGAACAAGAUGCUUCCCUUUGCGUGUAGGCUGUAGGAUGUUGGAGAAUCACGAGGAAGAAGAGCUGACCACAGUGCGUGUACAGGAUCCUCGGGUACAGAAUGAAGGCUCCUGGAAUUCCUAUGUGGAUUAUAAAAUCUUCCUUCAUACCAACAGCAAAGCUUUCACUGCCAAGACAUCUUGUGUGCGCAGACGCUACCGGGAGUUCGUGUGGCUGAGGAAGCAGCUUCAGAAAAAUGCUGGUUUAGUGCCUGUCCCAGAGCUGCCUGGAAAAUCCACAUUCUUCGUGGGCAGCACUGAUGAGUUCAUUGAGAAGCGGAGACGAGGGCUCCAGCAGUUCCUAGAGAAAGUUGUACAAAAUGUGGUCCUCCUGUCAGACAGCCAGCUGCACCUCUUCCUGCAGAGUCAGCUCUCUGUGCCUGAGAUUGAAGCAUGCAUGCGGGGCCAGAGUCCUCUGACAGUUACCGAGGCCAUACUCCACUAUGCUUUGUCCAACUGUGGUUGGGUGCAGGAAGAAGAUGGCUGCUCUGCUGUCCUGACUAGGGGAAACCGCCACGGCAGCUGCUCUGGGUUGGAAAGUCUCUGUGGUCGGGGCUGCCUCAUGUCCUUCCCACAGUGGUGUGACUUUGGCAUGGAAGACAAGAAUGUGGAGAGUCUGGAUGCUCCUGCCAAGUCACUGCCUGAGCUGCUGGAGACAGACUUCCAGAUAUGGUUUGAAAAGCUUCCGGAUAUGGUUUGAAAAGGUUCCAGCCUCAGCAAGGCAGUCAGGAUGUACUGGGAAGCCUAAAGGAGCAGCAGCUGUUGCUGGACCCAGAGCUUGUCAGGACUUACGUGCAAAAUUUAAAUGACUAAAUUAUAAUAUCAGCGCCUUUUGCACAAGAAUGUAAACUUGUGACUGGGACCACCUGAAACAUAACAAUAAAGUUAAUCCCAUCUCUGGCUUUGGUAUCAAGUACACCCUAUGCCCAACUACACUAAAUUGAUUAUGAAUAAAUUCCCCUUUCAAAAUGAUUGCCUCUCCCUUGUUAACACAUUCAUCACCAAUCUAGGUAUCUGUGCCAGUUGGAAAAUAUUUUGGGAUCUGCCCUGUUAUAACAAUGACCUAUACAGAGCCUUACAAUUCAUGGUCUAAGGUGCUCAAUUCAAUUAAUCAAGUCCUACUGCAAUUAAUCGAGUAGUAAACCUUCAGUUUAGGGUGCUGGGCUCGAGCAAUCAAACCAUACUAUAGUUAAGCAAAUGAGAACCCUCCAGAGCAAUCAAGGGUUCUUGUGCACAUCAGUUUCACCCACAACAACCAGAGAUGGAUCCAAAAGGCUAACAUUUACAACACAACCAAAGGACAAUGACCCUCCACCCUGUCAGCUUUGUCUUGACCCUCAUCUUCAACCCAUCAAGAAAGUAUGCUUUGAAGAAACAGUAUAAAGCAAGACAGAACUGCCAGCAAGGUGCAUGCAGUCCAGGGAAGACCAAGAAGCCAUCCUGCCACCCAGCCAACAAGCGAAGGAUCCAUGGGUUGAGGCUGUACAAGAACUGCUGCCUGCCUGCAUUGGGUAAAGAUCUCUUUGCAGCUAAGACAAUACUAGGACUAAUAGCUCAUUUUAUACUGGGAAAGAGUAUUUUUCUGUUAUUUAGUUUUGUAGCUUAUUAGUAGUUAUUAAAACAAGCCUUUCUGCUAUUCAUCAA